AUGGUCUAUUUCUUCCUGAUCUUGUAUGAUGAAAUUCGUAAUUUAAGUAAACAGUUAAAUGAUUGUUCUCAAGUUUGGUCAUCGUAUUUUUGUUUAACACAAACAAAAUCUUAUCAAAUACAUUGUGGUUCAAUAUAUCAUCGAAAACAUUUGAUAAAAACAGAUCUAAAUAAAUAUGAACAAUGUUUAACUGAACUUCAUCGAACUGUUGUUUAUCUUCAAAUAGAACAUCAAAAAUCAACAAAUCUAUUAAUAAAAUAUCAUUUUCAAAGAUUUUUAUCUGGUGAAAUACCUGAAAAUUUUGUUCGAUUUGUUAAAAAUGACCAAGCUGAUUCAAUAUUUAUUGCUAUGUCAGCUAUGUAUUAUUCAAUAACACAACUUGCAAAAGCAGCUUUGGGUGCAACAAUACAUGAUGUUUUUGAACUUGACAGAACUGAUUUAUAUCGACCUUUUUAA